AUGUUUCGAAAUACGUUCCAGAGUGGGUUUUUGUCCAUUCUUUUCAGUAUUGGUUCCAAACCUCUACAGAUUUGGGACAAAAUGGUUCGCAAUGGGCAUAUAAAACGCACAACGGAUAAUGACAUUGAAUCUUUGGUACUUGAAUUAAUCGGAAACAAUGUCAGUACCACCUAUAUCACUUGUCCAGCUGAUAUGACAAAGAAUUUGGGGAUCAAAUUGCCUGUUCUCGUCCUCAUUGUCAAGAAUAUGGAACGGUAUUUCACUUUUGAAGUUCAGGUCCUCGAUGACAAAGGCAUAAAGCGACGUUUUCGGGCCAGCAACUUUCAGAGCACAACGCGUGUGAAGCCCUUCAUCUGCACGAUGCCACUGCGGAUGGAGGAGAAGUGGAAUCAACUGCAGCUCAACCUCGCCAAUUUGACUAAGCGUGCCUAUGGAACAAACUUUGUGGAAGUUCUCCGCGUCCAAGUCCACGCCAACUGUCGAUUGCGUCGAAUAUUCUUCAGUGAUCGUUUGUACAAAGAGACCGAACUCCCAGCCGAAUUCAAACUCUACCUACCGAUUACACAGGCGAAAACUGACGAGUGGCUGAACUACGAGAGAGACAAAUACCUCUUCGGCUCUGCUAUCGGCGUUUCCCGUACUCACCCCAAAACCGCACACAGUCUGAUAACGCAAGUGGAGAAGACAUUUAGUAUGCUAAUAUAA